AUGCAGGAUAGAACCAACAGAGCUCGUCUCAGAGCGUCUAAAGCCUGCAGCAGAUGCAAUCAGCGCAAGGUUAAAUGCGAUGCGGCGCAGAUCGGUGUGCCUUGCAGUCGCUGCCAAAUGGAUCAUGUCAAUGACUGCACGUUGAUUGUUUCCAAGCGUGGAAUCUAUGAUAGAAAGAAUGCGCAAAACCGUCAUCAAUCCUUUGACCACCCAUCAGCAGUGGGUAGAUCUACCCCACCAACCGACCCUCAGGACAUGCCCCAAGCGAAUUUUGGAACUAUAACUAGUACCAGGGACACACCCAUAAGGGCACGUAACCGUUUGCGUGGCGAUCCCCAACCAGAGAACUUUUCUGGUUUCUCAUCCCAUGUAUCUCCAAAUUCGAUUCAGGUGAACGACUCUACGCCUUCAGAGAGCCCCGGCGCAGAGGAAGCCUCUAGCCGCGCACCGAGGAUACUCACAAAUUCGAAGGCUAGCUCAUUGACAGAGAUGUUCGAAGAAUUCCUGAAACAACAGAACGAAAGCACGCUGGAAAGGCACGGAAUAGUACUCCCUGGCGAACCGUCACCAUUGACAUUCGCACUCGAGGAGUUUCAACGUGGAAAGAACCAAAGGCUGUAUGAUGUGCACGACCAUAUCGGCGAGAGUGCAUCCAUGACUGUGAUUAUGCAAGAUGUCCAUCCACCCCACUUGGAUAUAAACGAUAUCACGUAUCUGAAGGCAAAGGGCGCAUUCGAAUAUCCCAAAAACGACACAGCGGAUACCUUUCUGAGCUCAUAUCUUGAAAGAUUCCACCCACUUUACGCUAUAGUAAAAAAGUCCGAGUUCCAAACAGCGUACCGCGAACGAAAGCUCCCAUGGCUAUUGCUUCAUGCAGUUCACUUUAUCGGCGCAACCUUUUGUGAUUCCUCCUCGAUACACCAAUUAGGGUUCAAAUCAAGAGCCGAAGUGCGGUCUUUGUACUAUGAAAGGGCAAAGGUUCUGUUUACCGUGGGCUAUGAGAAAGACAAAAUCAUUUUGCUCCAAGCAGCCAUUAUGCUCAGCUUCAUUGGGCCUCAGUUAAAGCACUAUUGGAACCCGUGUAGCUGGAUUGGGUUUGGAGUGACAAUCGCGGUGUCUCUCGGUAUGCACAGGUCUGCUGUGUCUGCAAACGCACACUCCAAUGACAAGGGUUUACUACGACGCUUGUGGUGGACUCUUUCAGUUCGAGACGCAUAUUUGUGUACGCUGCUUGGCCGAUCCUUCCGACUUAACAUGUCGCUGUGUGACACAGAACCAUUGUCAUGCGCUGACUUCGACGAUGACACAGCCUGCUCCCACCAAGACUCUGAUUGUAGCUGCAAGCAUUCAAUCUACUAUCAAAUUCAAACGGCCAAACUCUCUCUCCUCUUACGAAAUGUUGUCUAUUACCGUAUAGGUCCAGUACGUGGCCUAACGACGUUGGAUGAUCUACAAAGUCAAUUAAAGAAUUGGCAAUCAGAACUCCAACCAGCAGUAAAUUGGUCUCAACAUAACGGACCACUCCCCACAUUCGCCGUCAUUCUCAAGAUCCUGUAUAACUAUCACCUCAUUCUCCUACAUAUGGCGGAACCCAAGCAACCGGUGUAUUCUACCUCUCAAACAGCACUCGACAAGAUUCAGUCUUCUCUAGUUGCAGAAUCCGCGGCAUCUGCUAUAGCAUCAACUGCAGUCACAAUCAUGACCAAGUCCGUCAUAUUUGCACUACCGCACGAACUUUUCCCCGCGUUCUUCCUUGCAGGGAUUAUUCUUUACAGACAAACACGGCAACCCGAUCCGGCCGUCGCAGAAGUAGGGCAAGCGUCUCUUGACAAUUGCCAGAUUGUGCUGAAUGAGGCCCGUGAAUCCUGGGAUCCAUGGAAUUGGGCCAUGCGGAUCUUUGAGUUUCUUCUGUCGAGCUCCAGCAUCAGCACAGGCGACACGCAGAAUAGAGUGAGUCGGCAGGGAAUCGAUGUCAACGAUGAGCUUCCGACCGUUUCGUGUACCGCAGCUACUGAAACCGUGCAUCUGCCGUUGACAGACCAACUUAAUACUUUUAUACCCUCGUUCGACUGGAACGCAGCGUUUGAUGCGAAUGGAACAGAUCAUUUAGAGGAUUUUAUGCUGCUACCUAACUGUUGGCUUUCCGCGGCAGAGGACUGGCAAAAUGUUCAUUUAUAG